AUGUCCGAAACGAGUGCGACCACCACGCCCGAGACGAAGAAAUGUCGAAUCGCUGAGCUUGUCCAGUACAGCUGUGAGAGAGAAGAGGACGCUUCAGGCAACUCGCAGUUUCAUUGUUGGCCCAUUCCGCGCGUGUUCAGAAUAUGUACUGGGCGUCCUGCGGUCGAAAUUACACGAUAUGUUGAUGCGGAUGUCACCACAGGGGAGAUAAAACUUCCUCCGCAGGCUAGUCAGCAGUUACCGAAAGGGAAACCAUGGAGAGACGUUCAGAGGUACCCACAAGGCGAUCCGAAGGACGCAUAG